GCCCAGGGGAAAUCCUUAUCCCCCUCGCACUCAGUCACUCACACCAUCACUCCUACUGUGAAGCCACACACCAUGGCCGGAGCGACGGCGGCAACCGUGACCGGAUCAGCAAUUACCAACACACCCAUCACCCCUUCUAUAACUACUCAUAAACGGUUUGGACCGUUUGUUCUACCCAAGAAGAACUCGAGUCUCUCCGGUUUCGCUCCUACUCGUUCGCUCCAGGUUGUCGCUCGGUUCGAUGGUUUCAGAUGCAGAGCUAACCGCUCCGCCUACUCGCCUCUCAAUUCCGGUUCAAACUUCGGCAACCGCCCCCCCACCGAGAUGGCUCCGCUUUUUCCCGGUUGCGACUACGAGCACUGGCUCAUAGUCAUGGAUAAACCUGGAGGCGAGGGGGCUACCAAGCAGCAAAUGAUUGAUUGUUACAUUCAAACCCUAGCCAAAGUUGUCGGAAGUGAAGAGGAGGCUAAGAAGAAGAUAUAUAAUGUUUCCUGUGAGAGGUACUUCGGGUUUGGAUGUGAGAUUGAUGAGGAGACAUCAAAUAAGCUUGAAGGCUUGCCUGGAGUUCUCUUUGUUCUUCCAGAUUCAUAUGUUGACCCUGAAAACAAGGACUAUGGAGCCGAGCUGUUUGUGAAUGGAGAGAUAGUUCAAAGGUCACCUGAACGACAGAAGAGAGUGGAGCCUGUCCCCCAAAGAGCACAAGAUAGACCCAGAUAUAAUGAUAGAACACGUUAUGUAAGGCGUCGUGAGAAUACACGGUAAAUACAUAGUCAGUCUUGAUAGAAGACCCUAUUGUUAUUCUAAUCGGUGAAUGAGACCUUAUGUGAUGAAUAUACUUUAUG